CUUGCCUAUCAUUUAUUUAUAAUCAUAUGCCCUCGGCUGGGUUGAGUACAUACCCUUGUUGGCUGUCUAUACAUAGCUAGCCGAAAAAUCAAAAUUUUACUGUACUUGGAAGGUUGUGAUUGUUUCUACGUACAUAUAUACAACAUACAGCAUGAUGCAAAGGGGUAUUCCACUUCGCGGAGCCUUGACGCGAUGUCAGCUACUAGCGCCCACGUUGCACCGCAAUUUCUCCAGCGAAACGCAGAUGAGUGAGGCUUAUGUGAGCUCUACGCAACCUCAUAUUUCAAGCGCUGAUCCGGAGAUUUACAGUCUUAUCCAGAGUGAGAAGAGGCGGCAGACGAGGGGUCUAGAACUGAUUGCAUCGGAGAACUUCACUUCGGCGGCUGUUUCCCAAGUGCUGGGAUCCUGCCUUACUAACAAAUACUCUGAGGGGUUGCCAGGUGCCCGUUACUAUGGUGGCAAUGAGUUCAUCGAUCAGGUGGAAAAUCUAUGUAUUGAGAGAGCUCUGAAGGCGUUUCAUUUGGAUCCGGAGAAGUGGGGAGUGAAUGUGCAGCCAUUGUCUGGUUCGCCGGCGAAUUUUGCAGCUUAUACUGCCCUGCUGAACCCACAUGAUCGGUUAAUGGGGCUGGAUUUACCAUCGGGAGGUCAUCUCACACACGGUUACUACACUGCCAAGAAGAAGAUUUCGGCAACUUCUGUGUACUUUGAAAGUCUGCCCUAUGACAUAAAAGAGGACGGUUAUGUAGAUUACGAUGGGUUAGAGAAGUCUGCGCGGACAUUCCGGCCCAAAUUGAUCAUUGCAGGUGCAUCUGCUUACUGCCGCCACUGGGACUACGAACGUAUGCGCAAGAUAGCCGAGAUCAAUGGAUCUUGGUUGUUGACUGAUAUGGCUCAUAUCAGUGGUCUGGUAGCUGCCGGUAUUGGACCCUCUCCCUUCGAUCACAGUGAUGUGGUUACCACCACAACACACAAAACACUCCGUGGACCGCGCUCAGGAUUGAUUUUCUUCCGCAAGGGUGUGCGCAGUGUUAGUAAGAAGGGUGUAGAGACCAUGUACGACAUCGAGGACAAGAUCAAUUUCUCUGUCUUUCCUAUGUUACAAGGUGGGCCUCAUAAUCAUCAGAUCGGAGCUGUCGCUACUUGCUUGAAGGAUGCAGCGACGCCCGAGUUCGUUCAGUAUCAGAAACAGGUGGUUAGUAACGCUCAAACCCUUGCGAAGUAUCUGAUGUCUGAGGGGUACGAGUUGGUGUCCAAUGGCACAGACAACCACAUGUGUCUGGUGAACCUCCGUCCAGCUGGCUUCGAUGGCGCACGUGCCGAGUACCUGCUCGACCGAAUGCACAUCACAGUCAACAAGAACACAUGCAAGGGAGACACAUCCGCGCUCGUGCCCGGUGGUGUACGUCUAGGUGCACCCGCUCUGACCAGUCGAAAUAUGGUAGAGCAGGACUUCGAGCAGGUAGGUAAGUUCCUGCACGAGGCAAUCACGUUGGGCAUUGAGAUCAAGAAGUCGAUUGAGGGCAAGAAAAUUAUUGAUUUCAAGAAGGCUGUGGACUCCGAUGAGAGGUUUACAGGACGUAUUGCAGAGCUUUCAGACCGAGUGGCUGAUUUCGCUGGUGCGUUUUAUAUGCCUGGUACGGACUUAUAACUUUUGCCACCUUACACAUUUGAAACGAAGUUUGACUUCCGAGGGUAACAGAAAUGGUUCUCUCUGCAGGAUGAGUAUUUUAAAAUAAACUAUUAUCAGUUGAGGUGGGUCUAACGACACGAGCAGAGCCACCUGCGCUGUUUUGCGUAUCUCGCGAGUAUUGAGUGAUCAUUCUACAUAUUUUUUAAACGGGUUGCUGGAG